UCGUAGCAGCAGCAGCUCGAGGUUCGAGAAUCGCCGAGUAAUGGCGCUAGGAGUAUCGCUCGAGUCGGUUUGCUUUCCACCUUCGCCGCUACGGUUGGCGCUCCGGCGCUGCCAUGAACGACGAUGGCAAUAUGGCUUCCGCCACCGCAAGCAAGUGAGAGUAGUCAAAGUGACAUCGAAUUAUGGUGGAAAAAUUAAAGGUUCGCGGUGCGUCGCGCGUGUGAUUGUGGCAGCGCGGGUGCGCGCGAGGAGUCCGAGGUACCCUGAAACCUCAAAAAAGAAUUUUCAAGCUUCGCAAACGUGCGAUUAACGAAAACCGUGAGGGUGCACGCACGGGACAGCUAUAUAUCGCGUAGUAGAUUGUGCACACGAAAACACAACCAACCAAGAGCGCUGAGAAACGGCGAGGAACGUCGCGUCUCUGCGAAACUCGUCUCGCUUUUAUGUAUUUCGUUUUGCUCCAUUUUAUUUUCUCUAUUUUUCUUCCACUAUUUCCAUUUUACCUUUUCAAUUCUUUUGCACACGGAAUCCUCGUUCAGGAUUUCGGACAUUCACACUCCUAGGUGUGUACUGGUGUGUACAUUGUGCGGCCGUGCGUGUGUGAAUUUGUGCUGCAACGAGACUGAGGCCGCCGUCGAGACGACGACGUCGACGUCGACGUCAACGUCGUCAUUCGGUGUCGGCUGAUCGGUCGGUAUGUCCGUCGGUCGGUCGGUCUAAAUAUCUCGGUCGGUGCGCGCUUUGCCUCCAUCGGUGUGUCGUUUGGCUGGCUGCGUGCGUCCAUGCACGCUGGCAUUGGACGGUGUGCAUAAGUCGCACAGCGUGAGAGAAGCAAGAAAACUAGUGAACGAGUGAGGCGACGUUGCCAGAGUUUUUCCGUCGAAGAGAGGCGCAUCGUGUUUCUCUUUCUUCAUCUCUUGCUUCGCGCUCGUGCUCUUGCUCUCUCGAGGAAGAGGAUUUUCGACCGAAUCGAAUUCAACUCCGUAACGAGCGGUUGAUGCCAUGAGACUCGAGGCAACGUGCGACACGUGACACCCCGACAGAACAACGAGCUCGCAAGCGAACGUCAUGAAAAAGCCACGCGUGGACCGGGACCGUCUUCGGGAACGGGAACGACAGAUCCGAGCGGCGAUGUCGGUCCAGGCGGAGCAAGCGGCUGCUGGAGGAGGUCCUGACAGCCGUCACGGUCACCGUCAUCACGGGCAUCAUCAUGGACACCAUCAUCAUUCGAAUCCUCUUGCAGCCACCGCUCCGCUCUUCCGUGCUCCCGUGAGGGUUAAUCCCGACGCCCAGGAUCGCGCCACUCAGCAAAUACAAUCGAAGCUGGGCAACUACUCGCUGGUGAAGCACUUUGUACUCGACGACUCGAAGAGGCUCAUCGGCAUCGAGGGCGUCCCUGCGAGUCCGGCGCCGGCCUCAGCCUCCGGCCUCAGGACAAGUUCAAGUUCAGGGACGACCUCGAGAAGCUCACCGUCCGCCCAGGAAUUCAAGAAACCUGGCGGUCCACGCACCGGCCCCAGCGGCUCCAGCGGCUCCAGCGGCUCCAGCGGGUCGAGUAGUCACGCUUCUCAGCGCGGUGGGUUCGUCAAACCGGCUGACGGGAAACCACCCUACAGUGGCAGGGGCAGCUACUCGGGACAACCCGUUAAACACGGCGGCAGCAGUAACGAUCAUCGCAGCCAUGGGCUUCUUCCCGCCAAGGGUCCUCCUCCUAAUUCAUCCUCCUCCUCGUCCUCCUCCACCACGUCAAGUAUCUCCUCUUCGUCCGGCUCAGCCAAUCUCAGUGGAAACGCAAACUUCGACGGCGCCGCUGGAAACGUCAGCGCCGGAAGCACCGGAAGUACCGGAAGCAGGAUACACUCGGUGGCUGGUCGACUGCCCAGGCUGCCUCUGGAUAACGGAACGAAUAGCCGGCACGGAGCUACCGAAAAUUCUGCCGACCUUGAAAAUAUCCUGAAAGAGAUGAUGAUGCCGCCGACUCCGCUGACGGCGAUCGCACAGACCCCGAGGAAAGAACUGGAGUCAAAGUUCACUUUCAAUCCUGUACUCGCCAAGCUGACCGAAGUCCCACCUGGCGAAGCUGCGAAGCCUCAAAGAGAGAGGCACCCGUCCAACAGGCUGUCUGCGGACUUGGAGCGCGACCUGAGCCUUUCCGAGGACAGCGAGGAUGAGGAGGGAGCCAAGGUUGCGUCACCGAGAGCCUCGAGGAACGCGAGAAGUCCGGACCUUAUGGUCGACCUUUCGACGCCGCUGAUACCGGCCAUGACACCCGCUCCACCACCUCUAGCUCCUAUGUCGCCGAUGGGAAUGUCGCCCGUUGGUCCUCUCUCGUCCCCGAGACCUCUGAGUCCUCCUCGAGUAUCCUCCCCGACGAAGGAACCAAGCGCGACGGGCGCACUCUCGCCGUCACCGGUGCCGCCAAUGCCACAGAGUCCUCUCGACAAGUCAGAAAAGCUCUCGGAACUUUCACCCUUACCGACGGACCAGAGGCCGCCGAGUCCUCCCGUGGAAGCGAUGCACCAGAGUUCAGUUAGCGCAAGUUCCAGCUCCGAUUCCGGAUCGGACUCUGGCUCGGAUAGCAGCGACGACUCUGAGGACGAGGUAGCACAACCUCCGCCUAAGGGACCAUCAACGCCGCCUUCGGUGUCUCCGUCGGCACCUGCCGAGGAAGCUCCGCCAGCCGUCGAGGAAUCGAAACUCCGCUGGAACCUCAGUUCGUUUUUCACGAAACCUCCGCCGCAGCAAGGCGAUCAGAAUGCUGAAAAUAAAUCUUCACAGGACGAUGUGCGAGGAGACGGAUCACCGAGUGCUGUGUCCUCGGAAACGAGAUCUCAUCAUCGGGAUGCUGGACACUCUGGACAUUCGGGUCACACGGGGCACGAUUGGAAACUCGAUGAAGCUCUCAAGAGAACGCACAAUUCGGCUAUGCUGAGUCUCUUGAGUGACAGCGAUCAUCAUUCCGAAUCUGAUAAGAGGCAGAGCGUCAUCGAGGAGGCUCGUCAACAGACGGAGAAGAUUAAGCCUCCGGAUGCCAAGAAGAGAGGACGACCGCGUAAACCUACCAAGAGUCCAAAAAGCCAUCGGAACUUUGACGACGGUGGUGGAAAGAACAAACGAAGCAGCAGGACGCGCAUUAAUAAUAGUCCAAAAAAGAAGCCGAUCUCAAAGCCGACGGUUUCUACUAGCGAGGACGCUAGCGAUGCUCAAUCGCAGGAUGCUUCCAGCGAUUCCGACAGCGAGCGUCCAAGUCCACUGAGACAUUCAACAGCCUCCCCAGUGUCCCGGAGUGUCAGUGACAAGUGUCGGCCACGGCUGAGUGUCUCCUCGAGCGAGGACGAGGGACCUCCGAGCAAGCACAAUGUCCCGGAGGAUGUUUCUUGGACGAGGUUGUCGAUUAAGAGAAAUAAGCUCGCUGAACAGUCGGCAAAGAAGGCCGAGAAAAAGAAAGCUUCGACGAAAACAAAAUCCAGGAGGUCGAGACCAAGACUUCCUAGUGCACCUGCCGGUCCCUCGGAUUCCGACAGCGAGACCGAAGCGGCCCCAAUUAAUACUCGUAUUCAGGUCGCAAGGGUGCCACCCAGGCCAAGACCUCCUCCCAACAGGACCACGUCACCCGACAAUUCUGAUAGCGACAAUAGUCCAGCCCCGAAGCUCCAGGAGGAAGGAGGAAAUGUACAGGACAAGAAGAAGAGUGAUACGUUGCGUAAACUCUUUUACGUGAACAAGGGCGGAGCAAAGUGUGGAGGGAAGGGUGCAAAAGGUGGUGGCAAAGUCGGCGGGAAAUGCGGAAUCUACGUGGAGGAAUACACAUCAGCUUCGAUCCUUACGGGCGGCGAGAGUCCGUACAAGAGGCCCUCCUCGCAGAUGUCGAUUCCGCCGUUAAGAUACGUAAAUGGUAUUCCGAGUAUUAUGUGCCGACUGGAUCUCAGUCGACUCUCCCACGUGCCCCAGCCAUCGCGCGGUCAAGAAUUGAGGCAACACACUGAGCUGCCGGACACCAGGCCGUCCUCGAGGCAGGCUGCCAUUCUGGCCCCGCCACGACCAUCAACCCCUGAGGAGGGCGAAAUUGUCGACACUCCUCUGCCUUCGAAAAUACGGACUCAUAGUGAGAAUAGUAAUGCCCUUGAGGGCGAGAUUCCCGUUAAAAUUCGGGGCAUUAAAGCCGAACCGAUCUCGGACACGAAGAACUUGUUAGGUGGAAUCGGUGCUCACAGUGGCGGCGGUAGUGGUUUCGUUGGUCCUGUUUCUGGUAUAGCUAGUGCUAGUACUCUUAACGGAAAUCCCAGUGCCAGUGCCAGUGGUACCAGUGGUGCUAAUGGCAGCAGUACUGGUGCUACUGCCAGUAGCAGUACUGUCGGCGGCGGUAACAGUGGAAGUGCGCGCAAACGGAAACGCAAUCUGAGUUGUAGUUCUGUGUCUAGCUUGAGUACCGUAUGUUCCGUGGACUCGAAGGCGAAACAGGGUUCCUCCGAGCACAAGGAGAAAAAGAAGAGGAAACGGAAGCAUGCCGAUGCCGAAUCCCUCACGCCGAGGCCUUCUUCCAGUCAGAGUGACGUUCAGCCUACGAAUCACGAGCGGGAAGACAAUGCGGACACGAGCCUUCUUCCGCCACCGCCGCCACCUCACCGUAUUUAUUAUUCUUACUUCAACCCGCAGAACGAGAUUGUCGAGGACCAGGAUAGGGACCAGCAUCAGUACCUGACGGAAGCUAAACGACUAAAACAUAAGGCCGACGAGGAGUGCGACCUGACGGCCCAAGGAAUGCUUUAUCUCGAGGCUGUACUCUACUUCCUGUUGACCGGCCACGCGAUGGAAUCCGAUCCGUUGACCGAGCGGGCCUCCUUCACCAUGUAUAAAGACACUUUAAGUCUUAUCAAGUAUAUCUCCUCCAAGUUCAAAAGUCAACAGAACAAUUCCCCCGAGAGCAGUAUACACAAUAAGUUGGCUAUUUUGAGCCUAUGGUGCCAGUCCCUCAUAUACUUGAAGCUCUUCAAGAUGCGCAAACAUGAAGUCAAAGAUUAUCAAAAACUCCUAGCUGAUUAUUAUCAAAAGGUAAUUCAUCCUGCUUUAAGAAAAGUGCAAAAAGGAUUGAGCAUCACUCUUGUCUUUGACUUACAGCUAACUCAGGCAUCUUUCGUCCAGCCCGAAGGACAAGGGACGCCAUCGCCUUUGUCCCCGACUCCCUCGCCAGCUGGCUCUGUUGGUUCUGUCGGAAGUCAAAGCUCUGGCUACAGCAGCGGCGAGCUGGCUAAUCGAGGUGCAGCUGGACAACCUCAGGGUCCUCCUUGCUUAAACGUACCCCUCAGCGUGCACCACGCAAUGCAGAAGCAAAAUCAUCACUUUGGUCUGUUGAUGAAUUGCCACGAACUCUGGGACCAAGCUAAUGCUCUGGUCACGGAUAAGCAUAGAGAUUUCUUUAUCGAGCUGGACGAAAGGAUAGGUCCGCUCACAUUGAAGAGCUCGCUGCGGGAUUUAGUUCGCUACGUUCAGGCUGGGAUAAAGAAGUUGCGAGCCCUCUGACCUCAGUGGCACAGCCCCCGACCACCCACGCCCAAUUACAUCACAUCUCUCCCUCACAACAUGGCCACGUAUCCGACCAUGUUCACGUAGCUACGAGUUAACGGCGUAAUGCCGCGAAGAACAGGGUGAAACGAACGGGGGAAAAGGAGGAAAGAGCAGAAAGAAUAGCAGGAUCAGAGAGAAGGAAAGUGAAAUUGCUUUGGAACGAAUGAUGCGGAAAGUGACGAGGAAGAGUGAAACCGAUGAAAAAGUAACGAAGUUCUUAAAGAGACUUCAGGCAGGCACAAUUAGGAUCAAGGUUUUUUCGCCAAGCGAAACGUACAAGGUGUGGCGCUAAUACAAUAUGGACUGGUUACCGACAACGUUGAAACAGGUCUGCAUUUAGAAUUAUGAUUAGAGCGCGUGCAUCGGUAUGGAAUCGCGAGGAUUGUAUAAAUUCAAUUGUCUGCUCUGGGAUUACUUAUAAUUAAUAACAUUAUUAUAUACAGGGAGUUCCGAAACUACCUGACCCGGUGGGUAUGGCGGUGUUCGGGAGGCUUCACUGAUCACGAAAAUGACCUUCCUCUUGUCCGGAAGCUCU